ACCGCCCCUUUGGUUGGCGAGGGCAUACAGCGGCCAUUCUGAGGGGUGCACAGUCAUUCUUGAAGCUGUUGCUUCCCAUGACACAUGGAUUUGGCACUCAUUCUUCGGAAUGGCUGGCUCGCACAAUGACAUCAAUGUGCUGCAGCGCUCUCCGGUGUUUGAUAGGCUAGCGUACGGUCAGUCCCCUGAUGUGGAUUUUGAGAUCAAUGGCCACCACUACACCAAGGGGUACUACCUUGCUGAUGGUAUCUAUCCACCUUGGGCUACACUCGUGAAGACAAUCCGAAACCCCAACUCAGAGCAGGAGGCAAGGUUUGCCAAAGAGCAGGAGGCAGCCCGGAAAGAUGUCGAGCGGGCGUUUGGCAUCCUCCAAGCUCGUUGGGCUAUCGUCAGACACCCUGCCAGAGCCUGGGAUGUGCAAACUCUGUGGGAGGUGAUGACCGCUUGUGUAAUCAUGCAUAACAUGAUUGUUGAGGUAGAGCGGGAUGAUUCACUCUUUGAUAAUGACUGGGAAGGCCAAGGAGAGUUGGUUACUCCUCAACGUGCUCCGGCAUCAUUCCAGGACAUUCUUCAUGCGCACCAUGAAAUUCGAGAUCUAGCUGUGCACAACCAGCUUCAGGCUGAUUUGGUCGAGCACAUGUGGCAGCAUGUAGGCAACAAUGCUGCAAACAACAAUGAUUAAGC